GGGGGGAAGGGAAAAGCGGGAGUUGAGGUGGGUGUGGAGGGAGGACAUUUUGUGUUGAGUGUGAGAAUAGGUGUGCUGCGUAGGAGCGUGCGAAAAAAGAGAGGGGAAGGGGGGAGUCCGGACAAGAGGGGCCUUCACGCGCGACGUGUUGCCCUCUAGGCCCUCUCACCUCUCUCGCAGGAACCAACCGCCAGGGCAGACUUCCCCAACAGGCUCAGUACAGACAUACAUACUGUACAUACACCACAGAAGCAACAGGAACGGCGACUUUCAAUAAACAGAACCCUCGGCUUCGGCCUCUUCCGCUCAUCCAAUAACCCGCUUACCGAAAAUGGAGUCCCGCCAGAAACUAACCCUCCCCGCCGACCGCUACCCGCUCAAGAUCACCUCCCUGCGCGUCACAGCGGGGUCAGAGGUCCGCCGCGACGACGUGCUUGGCAUCUACGAGUACGAUAAUAAUAACCCUCAGGAGGCGGGGAAUGCCACCGCGACGACUAGUAGGAAGCGCACGGUGAGGGAGGAGUGGAGGAGUCCGUAUAGUGGCAGGGUGGACGAGGUUUGUGUGAAGGAAGGCGAGGUCGUUGUGGGUGUCAGAAAGACCCUCGCCGUCAUAAUAGAGCCCUGCGGACACGCGAUACAAGUACACGGGAUCUGUGCAACGUGCGGGAAGGAUGUCUCCAUUGGAACAUAUAUGGGGAACGACCUGGGGCGAGCGACCAUCAACAUGGCGCACGAUAAUCGGGGAGUGACCAUAAGUAGAGACGUCGCGGUGAAAUUAGACAACGAGCGCUCGGAGCGGCUACUGGUAUCCAAGAAGCUGACGCUCAUACUGGAUCUCGACCAAACUCUGGUGCACGCUACGGUCGAUCCAACUGUAGCGCAGUGGAUGGACGAUCCAUCGAAUCCCAAUCAGCAGUUCUUGAAGGAUGUGCACAAAUUCGAAAUCCCCUCCUACCACACCCACUUCGUCAAAUUGCGCCCAGGCACCCGCGAGUUCCUGCUCGAGAUGAACGAGAUCUACGAGCUGCACAUCUACACGAUGGGGUCGCGCCAGUACGCGGACCAGAUUGCGAAUAUCCUGGAUCAGGACCGCGCGUUGUUUAAGGAUCGGAUUAUUUCGAGGGAUGAGAAUCGAUCGAAUUUCAAGAGCAUACAGAGAUUGUUUCCGAGCGAUCAGUCGAUGGUCGUGAUAGUGGAUGAUCGGUCGGAUAUAUGGCAUUGGUCGCCUAAUCUGUAUAAGAUUCUUCCCUUCAACUUCUUUGUCGGAACCGGAGACAUUAACGCUCCACGACUACCGCCCAGCGGCCCACCUCAAACCCCUCAAGCAGCCAGCAAGCCUGCCAUCCCCGACAAAGACCACGACACCGUCACAUCACUGGAAAAAGAGCUCUCGGACGAAGACGUCCAGCACCAAUUUUUGGAAGAUCUAGAAAAGACCCGCCCGCUCGAGAGGUUGAGCGAGGAGUUGGAUGCGGAGGGGGAGACUCAAGGAAUAACGGGUGUGGAUGCUGAUGCGAUGGAUGUGGUGUCCGCCAAGGAGGAGAAAGAGAAUGCGGUAUCUGAUACCCCUCCCACACCCAAACCGGCAUCCCCACCACCCACAUCAUCAUCAUCAUCAUCAUCAACGCCCCCAGCGCCACCCACAGCCCCUCCCAAACGCCGCCCCAGCCUGCGCACCAAACCGAUCCUCACCGACUCGGACCGGGAGCUCGACCGCGUCUGCAAAGUCCUCAAAGACGUGCAUCGCGCGUUCUACAGCGGCGCGGUGGAGGAGUCGCGACGGUUGGGUGUGGGUGGGAUCAUGGCGAGGCAGAAGAAGGCGGUGCUGGCCGGUGUGAGGAUUGUGUUUAGCGGGGUUAUUUCGACGGAUGUUGAUGGGAGGACAACGGAUAUUUGGGUCGGUGCUGAGCAGUUUGGCGCUAAAUGCGUGUUUGAUUUGUCCGAUGAUGUGACGCAUCUUGUCACUGUCAAGCAACAAGGCCUGAACAAGACAAACAAAGUGCGGCGAGCGCGCAAGAUGCCUGGCGUAUUCAUCGUGUCGUUGGACUGGUAAGCGGCGGGAAUACGUCACUUGAACCCACUGAUCCAAUGGCGCGAUGGUCGUUUCCUUCCCUUAGUCACUCAACUCACUCCACCCCUUUCCCCAUCCCAGGCUCUAUGACUCCAUCUGCCGGUGGGACCGCCAAGACGAAACGCGCUACCUCCUCGAACCCGUCUUCCGUCCGACAGCCCUGCCGAUCGACACGCACGCGUCCCCCAAAAGACGCGCAAAACGCACCGCCAAAGCAGACCACGAGUCAGGCUCGGACUCCUCCCCCGACGUCUCAGACGACAACGACGACGACGACGACGAGAAGAUCCUGUCGGGGACGUGGGAACACGAGAACGAUAUUUUCAUCCGGAUUGGGGAGGAUGAUAUUUUGGCGAUGGAUAGGGAGAUUGAGGAGGCGCUUGCGGAGGAGAGUGGGAGUGAUGUUGAUGUGGGUGGUGGG